AUGGGUAGAAACGAGCACGAUAUGUAUUUUCGUCAUUGCUGUAAAGCGAAGUUUAUUGGUGCUUUGAACGAAAAGUUAACUGUGGCACAAAAGGAGUAUAUUGCAAGCACCCCGUUUUGGUGGUUUGCGAUGUUAAAGCAAUCAUUGAAGAUAAGUAGAAACGUUUUAUCUCAGUUAUGUAGUAAAUGGGUUGAAAGAAUGGGUGGUUUUGAUGUUGGUGGUGAAGUGGUGGACUUUAGUUUAUUAGACAUUUGUUUAGGGUUAGGAUUGAGGGUGGUCGGUGAAAAAAUUGAUUUAAAUGAGGAAGUUGUGGAGAGUGAGACGUGGAAUACUUUUGGGCGUCAAAGAGUUGAUGUUAAGUUCAUAUAUGAUUUUUUGAUGAAAUUUGAUGAUGAUGUUGGUGAUGUUGAAUUAUUUUGCAAGCUAUAUGUUGUGUUAGGAAUAUCAGAGUUCUUGCUUGCAAGUAAAAAGGGUUGUAACGAACCAAGUCGAUUUGAGUUUUAUGUGGUUGGAUGCGCGUAUUUGCUUGAGUUAUGGUCAUUUGAUCAUUUGGUUGUUUGCCAAUCAACGUUCAAGUGUAAGAUGAACUUGUUCCCACGAUUGUUGUAUUGGAUGAAUGUGAGCGUGGGUGACAAGGUCAUGAAGACUGCGUUUGAUUACGACAUGGCUAUUGUUGAUAUGGCGGUGUCAAAGGAAGAACUUGAUCAUGCUAUUGUAAGAGAAGCAUUUGAACAUUUCGGCACUGAAUACAAAACCCAAGAUUUGAAGGACAAGGAAGAGCUAGAGCGUUUGGUACAACAUCAUGAAGUAGAGAUAGCUGAUUUGGAACAAUCUAUGUCUGCAUUGGAUGAGUUGGUUGCAAAUUGGAAAGGUCAACAGCCGAAGGAUGAGGUCCGAGAUGAAGUUGGUGAUGAUGUUUUCAUUGAUCCACGUGCAUCUGUAAUGAGUGUUGAAAAAGAUGAUGGUGUACAACAAAGCAAUAUGUAUGACCGUAUGAAGGCCCGACCUAGGAUGCGAUUCAAGAGUGUUGCCACAAAAACACCAUAUUCUGUUUAUGGAAAGAAGAAGUUGAAAUCACUGCAAAUUGGUUGA